UAUCGAUCAUGAUCAAUCCCUUUUUUCUUAUUUUCUAUUUUGAAGAUACCGUAAUGGCGGAGGGAGAAGUCGGAAUUUUGCGAAGAGUUCGGGCAGGGGCGAGGGCUGAGGAUUUCUUUUCAUGGGAGGAGCAAGCCUUUGAUGAGAUGGAUAGCACACUAGCUGUUCAACAGUUCAUUCAGCAGAGCAUCCGGAAGGAUAUCAGCAACAUCGAUGGCAUCCUACAGCCUCCAGAGGGCCAGGAUGAGGGUGUCUGGAAGUACGAACAUCUCAGGCAGUUCUGUCUGGAACUCAACGGACUAGCUGUCAAGUUACAGCUUGAAUGUAACCCAGACACCUGCUCACAGAUGACUGCAACAGAACAGUGGAUCUUUCUCUGUGCUGCACACAAGACACCAAAAGAGUGUCCAGCAAUAGACUACACAAGACACACCUUAGAUGGCGCAGCUUGCCUCCUCAAUAGCAACAAGUACUUCCCAAGCCGUGUGAGCAUCAAGGAAUCGUCAGUAGCCAAGCUUGGAUCUGUUUGCCGGCGUAUCUAUAGGAUAUUCUCACAUGCAUACUUUCAUCAUCGUACUCUGUUUGAUGAUUAUGAGAAUGAGACGUUUCUGUGCCGACGUUUCUCUACGUUUGUGACGAAAUAUAAUCUGAUGCCGAAGGAUAAUCUCAUCGUACCGAUAUUAGAAGAAUCUCAAGGGAGCACGGAAAGUGAAGCAUAGUUAAUACACAUAUACCAGGCUUUGAUUAAGUAUAGCGGGAAUUAUUUGUCCAAGGUUGGACUGGUAUUGCUUUUUUUCCCUGAGCCCCGAGGGAAAAAUUUUCCAGUAAAACCAAGGAUGAACAAUUUCCUCUAUACUUUCGAAAUUGAGGCCUGGUGUAUUUGUUUCAUAUCCUACAUUAUUUUAAUAAGUUAGAACAACAGAUCCUGAUAAUCUAGUUCUUGUUCACGUAGUUCAUCUUUUUUAAUCUGAACCAAAAUAAAGAUAACACGCUCUGACCGACCUACUUCCUGAAGCUAGGUGCUCAGCUGAACGCAGAUUUGUGCCCGCGCCUUAGAGAUUGUGCGAUUUUUGUCAGUGAUGGAAUAGAGCGCUAUUCCAUCAU